CCAAACGCCCUACUCAAUGAGGAAACUAUUAGGGCUCAGUAACCUGAGGGGGACAGUUGGGUUCAGGUGAUGGAGAAUCCUCCUUUUCUUCUGAAAAGUGUUGGUUCCACAUGGCUGAGCAUCAGCUUCACCAGCUGGGCAAUACACAUGAUCCUUGCCUUUCUGUGUGGGUUGCUGCUCUUUAACCUACUGAUCCCUUUCCUGGAGACUAAUCCAUCCUUCCCACUAACUUGGAAAAAGGAAAACAUCAGAAAGAACCACAUGGAGAAGAGACAGAAGAAGAUCAGGAGGAAGAGCUGUAUUCUGAAAGCUUUUAGAGAGUGUCGAAGGGAACUGGAGGAGACUCGGCAUCUAGUUUUACUUCUACAACGCCUCUUACAAAAGCUCCCUGGGAAUGCUGAAGUCAAUCACCUCUCUCAUGGAGAUGUCCCAGAGCCUCAAGAAGACCAGCCUGCCUUGAGGAGGCUGCCCCCAGGCACUGGGCCCCAGGACUCCGGACUCAGUAAAUCCUAUUUGCAAUCUCUCAUCAGGGUUCUCUCAGGCCCUGACCUCCUUCACCACUGUCUUUCUUUCUUCUCCUGGUGCUGGGCAACUGCCAAGGCCACCUUCUUCUCCAGCUGGGCACAUGGCAAAUCCCAGCAAGAACAUCCAUCUCACCACCCACCAGACACUGUGUUCUGGGAAGGCCCCUCCCACUGGCAGGCAGAGGUGGGAAGAGGGGACCACGCUUUCAUCCACCCUGAUGUGCACAAGCUGCUGGAGAUGCUGAUCAGCAAGAGAGUCAAACAGAAAAUGCGCCAGGAAAAACCAAAGGACGGCUCAUUUUUCCAACUGGUGAACACAGACUACCCCUGGAUUUCUCUGAGAAACCUGUUAAAGUCACUGGGUGACAAACUCACCUCUGCGCAGCUCUUCUGCAACACAAAAGACAAAGCAGAGUGGCUUCUUGGGUCUCAGCAGCCCUCUCUCCACAAGGUCCUGGGCAGCCCUUUAGAGCAUGAAUGCAGCCUACUCUUCUGGGGCCCGCCCUCUCUGCACAGUGAGUCCCUGGUGGCCACUGCCUGGGCUGGUGGAAGAUCUUCGUCUACACGGUCUCACUGUAUUAAAUUUAAUGAAGCUCACACCCAUAUCCCAGGUCCAUCUCUACAAGACUCGCCCCUAGUUCUGCCGUCUGUCCAGCCACCAGCCCAACUCCUGUGCUUUCCCCAAAAGCCGCAGCUUACCUGUCCAUCCCAGGUCAGGGCCUGUGGAACAACUUGCUCUACAUCCCAGAAGAAGGCACAGUCGUUUCUUCCUAUUGAAAAUCAGGAUCUCCAAUGGACCCUGCAGAAGCCAUUGAAAUGGAGACAGGCUUUAAACUCUAAGCUCCAAAAAGGUCAAGAACCCAUUAGCCUACCUACUCUCAACCUUCCUCAAGGCAGCCAGGCCUCUGAGGCCCCUCAGGCUGUCUCCAUCCUUUCUGGGGAUUCUAACAGUGCUGAGCUUCAGGAGAAACCAGAGUGCCACAGAUCAGGAGCAUUCAGCAGAGAUGAGGGGAGUGAGAACUUGCCCCACCCUGCCCUCAGGCUCCUACCAUCCCAAGAUCUCAUGCAGCCUCUGGGCAAACUCCCAGAGAAGUGCCAGGGCCGGGUACAGGACAGUUAUAGUGCUACUCAACCCACUCAAACCUCAGCACCUACUUGUGGAAGGAACAAAACUGUCCAGAAUACAGGGUCCCAGUCCUCUGGCAGAGCCUUUUAUAGGGGUCUGGUAACACUCAAAUUAGAGGACAGAAGGAAUGUUCAACAAAAUGCAAGUGAAGACAGAAAAGAUACAUUCCGAGGUGUAGGAUGCACCCCAUGGGAAGUUCAGGGGGACAAGGGUGCACAAAGUAACAUCAAGGGGCCUGAGAAGUAUGAUGCAGGAAGUCACUUCUCUAGGGGCCCAGAUCCAAAAGAUUUGCAAAAAGACCUGGGAGUCCAUCUGAGCAGAAAGUUUUGGCAAAUCAAUGAAGGCAUGAUCCCUGUGUGUGUACGGAGAUCCUGGCUUAUUGCCAAAUGCACUUUGCCAAAAUCAAAUACUCACACACCGCCCAUAAUGAUGACAUGCUACAAGGGUAAGAAAACCUGUGUGAAUUCCACUCAGGGACUUUCCUUCCUUGAUCCCAGAACUCCUUCCUUGCUGGAAGCACAUAUUAAAAACUAUAGGUUAAGGCAGAAGUGUGGGCCUCUUUUCCAGAACCUUGAGCCUAGAAACAUUCACGUAGGUGAGGCUCAAGCAUUGCCUCCUCCAUUGCCCUCCUUUGCCUCCUCAGCCCCCAGUGACUCCAGGACUGACUUCAUUACCAAAUUAGCCACUUUCCAACAAGAAAUUCCUGGGAAAGUUGCAGGACUGAAGGAGACAGCACAAACGCUCUUUCCCAUUCUGCAGAGUACUAUCCCUGUGGCCAGAUCACCUGCAUGGAAGGAAGUGCAGAAGGUCUCCAAUGGAACCCUAUCUGAUGACAACAAUGGGCCCUCAGACAUCCCUCUAAGUGCACAGGAGGUCAGGCUUCCUUCUGCUGCCUCUACCCAGUGGAGCAGCACUGCUUUCAGGAAUGAGAGAGGCAGUCUAGUACCCACUCCAGGCCCAGAAAUGGCCAAGCAUGACCUACAGGAGGGGACUAGGAGGAUGGCCUUUGAAGGUACCUGUCAUGGCAUCCCAGUGCUGGAAAUCAAACUACUGUCCCCACUGUCAGUAGCCAAAGAGAGCAGGAAGCCAGAGGUGAAAGAGAAGCACCCUGCAUGGGAAAUCACCUUAGGCACCAGAAUGAUGGAAAACUCUCAGAAUAUCAACAUCAAUCUAAGGACAUUAGGGUCUCCAUAUACCAGUAAUCACUCCUCCUCCCUGUCUAGAGAUUCUACUCACCAGAAUCAAGCUCAAAAUGUGAAGAGAAAAGAGCACAGUCACCUGGAUAUUGACAUGCUCAGAGAGGGAGAGAGCUGUUCUCAGAAUGUGUGCACUGAUAGCCUUCAAGAUUGCCACACUGUGGGGCUCCUCAGCACAGUGAUCCAGCCUUCACAGACCUCUGUGUCCAAUUCCCAGGGAACACUCUACAGCAACACACCAACCUUGGAGGUCCCAUGUGAUCCAUCAGUGAGGGGAGUGAACAAUCAAUGGGAGCAGGAGUCCAGCAUGUCCAGAUUUCACGACGCAGUAAAGAGCAGCAGCAAGAUAUCUGGUUCCAACAACCAAAGUAAGAACUACAGGAAGCCCAGACCAGGGAAUGAGGAACAAUCAUCGGCAGGAGAGAGGCCCUUCUGUACCUAUGAGCUGAGCCCUCCUGCACAGGUCAUGGAAGUAGAUAGCUAUGGGAGCAUGUCCUGUCCACAUGUGCCAGAGAAGGGCCAGAUUCCUACAGAAAGCUUAAUUAGGAAAAAGAUGAAGCACUCUCUGCAGUGUCAUAACCCCAAUAAAGAAUGCAAUGGGCAGGAAAGCUCCAUGCAAAAACCCAAGCCCUCAUCAGCUUCUGCUCAGACCCUGGCAUCAAUCACAAACAGAAAGGUCAGAAACAGGGAAGUUGUUGGACCAAUUCUGGUGGAUAAGUUAGGACUUCACCAGGCAAGUGUUCCUUCAGGGAUAAAUUUGCAUGUAGCAGGACCACCAGAACCUGUGGGUAUGCAUUCCUGCUACCACAGGGCUUCCUCUAGCCCAGACAAGAGAACAAUGGUGAAAGACAUGGCUUGUGCUCACCAUGACAGCCACAAUGACCACAGUCAUCCUACUAAGAGUAUGUGGAUCAGAGAUAGGGACAACAAUCAGGCUACCCCAAGAGCCUGUGCCCCCUCCAGUCAAGGCCAUCAGAGGUCAAAAGACAUAGGUGCCUCAGGUUACCUUCAGCCUCACGACACUCUCCAAAGUGCUGUCCUUUCUCACAUACCACAGACGUAUCAUGCCUUUUCUUCUGAGACAAAUCUUUUUGCAGAAGAAAUGUAUUAAAAGAAAAAUUGCUUUGUGAGCACA